AUGCGUUGACCAAUUCCAUGAUCUGGGGUUACUGCAUGCGGCCGUGGGUCCGGUGUACCCCUGACCCGAAGGUCUGCUGGUAAACACAAACUUUUAAGACAUAAGACGAUCCCCAGUGACGAUAUAACAAUCUUAUCGUUACAUUGUAAUAUUAAGUGUACAUAAUUAGGCUCACAAUGGACGUAUUUUUAAUGAUCAGGCGAAAAAAAUUGACGAUAUUUACCGACGCAAAAGAUGAUACUACGGUCCUCGAGCUCAAGAAGAUGAUUGAAGGUAUAAUGAAAGUACCACCGGCAAAUCAACAACUGUUUAACAAGGAUAAUCUUUUAAUGUCAGACAAUAAGACUUUACAAGAUUACGGGCUGACAUCGUCAACUGCAAAAGCACAAUGUCCUGCAUUAGUCGGUUUAGCACUGCGUCAGCCAGAUGGCCAGUUUGAACCUCUUGAAAUGACACCAUUCUCAUUACCACCAGAUCUCCCUGACGUUAUGAAGUCUCAGGAAAAUAAUGGCCAAGAGCAAUCUCCUUGAAAUGAUGCAGUUGCAUCACUCGACGAUGAAGUUUUGUGUCCUAUGCAAUUUAGUAAUCGUCAGGACAGCUCUGAAUGAUAAGAAGGAUAAAAAGGAAACUUCAUGUACGACGUAUGUGAAUACUAGAGUGUGAAUAUGGUAACUAAACACCGUACGAAUAUUAGACAUAAUGCAAUUUUACACAAGUAUUCAGAGCUGCAAAAUUUUCAAUAUUCAAUUUAAUAAAAAUGCUAUAUAGUCACGCGAUCGUCAGUCUUAUAAGGACAUGUGAUGAGUACUAAUUUGUACUUGAUUAUUAGACUGAAAGUGAUAAUAAAAGUAAAACAAAAUUCUGCUCACUAUUGUGCAUCAAACCAAAUUUAUAUAGCUAUAAAAUUAUUAAAAUAAGUGUUUUAUUAUGGUCAAAGUGCGAAAUAUGAAUACCUCAGCUUACAUUUAAGUUACAGGUAUAGCUUAAUUAUUUUAAAGUACUUUUUAAAAUAUCUUCAAAUUAAAUAUCUUAUUUCCUUCUAUUUCUCUCUCUGCUCACUUUCACUUAUUCUGUAUACGUAUUCCUUGCACCACAAGGAAAAUCAAAUGUAAUGUUUUGCUUUGCAAAAGAAGCUUUACAUUUUUUUAUUAACAUGUAUGACUCUAGUAACAUUUAAAUUACAAAUUUGUAGUUACGGCGUAUUGAAUAUAAGACAGACUGGAUCUGAUCUGAUACAAUACACAAUCAUAAAUGUAAAAUAUAAUGCUCUAAUUAAUGAUCUUUAGUUCUAUAAUAUUGUAUCCUAUUAAUUAUUGUCUAACUUAUACAGUUUUAUAACUAAUGGCAACACCAUUUUAACUAUAUGCUACGAUAAGACUUGUAACAAUACACAAGUAAUGUCAUGCUACGUGACAAAAAUAUAUUGUACAUGAUUA